UCCAAAACCAACUAGACUUCAGUGAUCCCGAACCUUCGUCAAUGGUUCAGAGGAUGGAGUCCUCCCAGGGUGUUGAGGCCCAAUGGCAGGACGCUAUGCUUGCUGAGCUGAAGCACAUCAGUAGUGAGCUGAACCGCACCAACAGUAACCUGGAGGGCCAACAAAAAUGGCAUAGUAACCGAAACCAGCAGAUCCGAGUACUGAUCACCCCAACCCUGUUCUCCCUGAGGGAUCUGGACACAGUCAAACAGGAGUUCUCAGCAGAACUCUGGUAUGAAAUUUUCUACAAGGACCCGGAGCUCAGGGGGAUUGAAAGGAGAGAGGAUGUAGACUGGGACAGGACGUGGGACCCGAGGAUCGUGCUGCGGAACACGACGACCGUUGAGACCAUGACCAGACGGAACCUGAUCCCGGUAGUUGGAGAGAACGUGCCCAUCGUGCACCAAUUCAGGAAAGUCUGGGCAACGUUCAAGGCUAACAUGGACCUCACCGACUUGCCGUUUGACCACCAGAAACUGACUACCCAACUGAUGUCAGGAUGGUCGAUCAAGUAUGUGGACCUGAGAAAGAACUACGGGUCCAAUGACACCAUUAAUGAAGACGACUUUGCAGAUAGUGACCAGUGGACAGUGAGUAAGUAUCUGGAGUGCGAACAUGGCACCAAAACUAACCUUCAGUCCGAAACCUUCGGCAAGUACCCCGUGUACAACAUCACAGCACAUGUGCAGAGGAAGACAGCUUUCUACAUAUGGAACACCGCGUUCAUCUUGUUCCUAAUCAUGCUCGUCUCCUUCACGGUCUUCUCCGUCUCGAUUGAAGAUCUUGACAGACGCCUGACCAACACCUUCACUCUGCUGCUCACCACAGUGGCUUUCAAGCUGGUGGUGUCCCAGUAUCUCCCCACUGUCCCGUACUUGACUUUGCUGGACAAGUACGUUCUGGGGUGGAUCAUCUUCCAGUGCGUCGUGGCAGCGCUCAACGCUGUGACCUCGGUCAUCAGGGACUGUGGCAGCCAUUACAGCGCCUGUCUGUUUGACAAGGUCUGUGUGGGCGUGCUUGGGGCUGGAGUCAUCUCGUCACACCUGGGCUUUGGGAUCUUCAUGAGGAGAAAGAAGAAGGAGAAGGACGGAAAGCUGCGAGAGAUGCAAGAGAAGUUCAAGCGUCUCCGUGAAAGAAUUGACAAUGCCUACAAAGUUCGUAAGAAAAAGGCACCAUGGCCAGGGAGCACCACGUCCACUAUGAUGAUCCUUACUGAUGAAGACUUGGAGAGGUAA